GACUAUAGAAUGCAGUAUGUCAGAGCUAGAAGGGACAUUUGAGAUGGUCUAUUUUCCUCAUUUUAUAGAGGAAAACAUCCAAACUAUCUAGGAGAGCAGAGGAAAAAGGAUUCACUUCCAGCUUGGGGCCUGGGGUGAGGGGGAGAGGGUGAAAAGAGAAGGGCUGUAGAGCAGAUGGCAUUUGAGCUACUAGGCCCUUGAACAUUGAGUAGAAUUUUAGCAAGCUGGGAUGGGCAUGCCAGGCAUAGGAAAAAAAACAUUUCAGUUAUAUAAAAAAGGGGAAUAAACAAAACCUCAAAGAAGGGAAGUCUUUGACACAUUUGGAAUAUAGUUAAUUGUCCAGUUUACCUGAUACAUUAAGUAUGGGAAGGAAAGCAUGUGACAAAAUACAGGGUAGGAUGGGGCCAAAUUGUCUGAAUGCCAGACUAAGGGGUUUGGAAUCUGACCUGUUGCCGUUUUAUUUCAUUUUAUUUUAUUUUAUUUUGCAGGGUAGCUUUGGAGAGAAAGAGCAACCAGCAGGUUAGCACAGUUGAAAGAAAGAAAGCACUGCACUUGGAGUCUGAUGACCUGAGCUGGAGUCUCAUCUCUGCCACUUAGUGGGCAAGUUACAUCCCCUUAUAAUCUUAGUCUCUUCAUCUGAAGUGAAAAAAUUAUACGAAAUAACCUCCAACAUCCUUUCAAGCUCUUCCAUUCUGUGAUUUCUGUGAAUGGAAUUGAGCAUCUUCCCCCACCCCCAUCUCUGCAGGAAAAAAAAAAAACACCAUGCGCUCUCCUUUCUGCCAGGCCAGUCAAGAGUUAAUGCGGCCCUCAGUCUCUCUUCCAUCCUGGAGGUGGCGCUGUUUGGCCUUUCUUGCCUGCUCAACUUCAAGGCUUUUCCAAACAAGUGCGGGACAGAAUUGCAGGCAAUAGCCCAGGCUCAGACCAGACUUGUUGAUCUCCGCGAAGAGGCGGCAGGAGGAAAGCCGAGAGAGGAAGUCGAGCAGCCCGGAUUGAGUCCCCCCAGAAAGGCUGCAGCUUCGUUUUUUCCUCUUGCCUUUCCCCCUCAAUUGCAUUUCCUCUUAUAGCUACAUACACAAACCCAGACACACAUAUAUAUACACACACCCUCAAACACUCACACACUCACCAGACCCAGCACUCGGAAAAUUGAAGAUUAAAGACGCGUUUGCAGCCGGGAUUGGGCGGAGGGGAAAGCAGCAAGCGACUGCCCAGCGGAGGGAAGGAGGCCUGGCACAGCCCUGGCCCCCGGGCUGGGGGCGAGCUCCGCCGCCCGGCUCCCACCCGCGCCGGGGGCCAGCGGGGGCUAUGCCAGGGCCCUGGCGACCGGAGGCUGCCGCUGAAGAGCUGUCGGGAUGGAGGUGAAGGGGGACUCAUGAGGAGGAGCUACCGCUGACAAAGACCUCCCUCCAGGGGGCUGGCUCCAGGUCUCCCAGCCCCCCUUCCGGUCUCGGGUCGGACUAACUGAUCUAUUCACUUGGGCCAAGGGGGGGCGGGAGGGAGGGCGAGUGGCGGCGGCCGGACCCGCGAUGCCGUCGGGCAUGACGAAGCAUGGCUCCCGUUCCACCACCUCCCUGCCGCCGGACCCCAUGGAGAUCAUCCGGAGCAAGGCAUGCUCCCGUCGAGUCAAACUGAACGUCGGGGGACUGGCCCACGAGGUACUGUGGCGGACCCUGGACCGCCUGCCCCGCACACGGCUGGGUCGACUCAGAGACUGUAACACUCACGACUCACUCAUGGACGUCUGCGAUGAUUACAGCCUGGACGGCAACGAGUACUUCUUCGACCGUCACCCGGGAGCCUUCACAUCCAUUCUGAACUUCUACCGCACUGGCAAGCUGCACAUGAUGGAAGAAAUGUGUGCGCUCUCCUUCAGCCAAGAACUGGACUACUGGGGCAUCGAUGAGAUCUACCUAGAGUCCUGCUGCCAGGCUAGGUACCACCAGAAAAAGGAGCAAAUGAAUGAGGAGUUGAAGAGGGAGGCAGAGACCCUGCGGGAGCGAGAGGGAGAGGAGUUCGACAACACAUGUUGCGCUGAAAAGAGGAAGAAGUUAUGGGACCUACUGGAGAAGCCUAACUCUUCUGUGGCUGCCAAGAUCCUGGCCAUUAUCUCCAUCAUGUUCAUUGUCCUCUCAACCAUCGCCUUGUCGCUCAAUACACUUCCUGAGCUUCAGAGCCUUGAUGAGUUUGGACAGAGCACUGACAACCCCCAGCUGGCCCACGUGGAGGCUGUGUGCAUUGCCUGGUUCACCAUGGAAUACCUCCUGCGAUUCCUGUCCUCACCAAAGAAGUGGAAGUUCUUCAAGGGCCCACUCAAUGCUAUUGAUUUGCUGGCCAUUUUGCCCUACUAUGUCACUAUAUUCCUAACCGAGUCCAACAAGAGCGUGCUACAGUUUCAGAAUGUGCGCCGGGUGGUGCAGAUCUUCCGAAUCAUGAGAAUCUUGAGGAUUCUCAAACUUGCCCGGCACUCAACCGGCCUACAGUCUUUGGGGUUCACCCUCAGGCGGAGCUACAAUGAGCUUGGUUUACUCAUCCUCUUCCUAGCCAUGGGCAUCAUGAUCUUCUCCAGCUUGGUUUUCUUUGCUGAGAAGGAUGAGGAUGACACCAAGUUCAAAAGCAUCCCUGCUUCCUUCUGGUGGGCUACGAUCACCAUGACCACCGUAGGUUAUGGAGAUAUCUACCCCAAAACCCUCUUGGGUAAAAUCGUAGGGGGGUUGUGCUGCAUUGCGGGAGUCUUGGUGAUUGCUCUUCCCAUCCCCAUCAUCGUCAACAAUUUCUCUGAGUUCUACAAGGAGCAGAAGAGACAAGAAAAAGCCAUCAAGCGCCGGGAAGCCCUGGAGAGAGCCAAGAGAAAUGGUAGCAUUGUUUCCAUGAACAUGAAGGAUGCUUUUGCCCGAAGUAUAGAAAUGAUGGACAUUGUAGUGGAAAAGAAUGGGGAGACCCUCGGAAAGAAGGACAAAGUCCAAGAUAACCACUUGUCUCCUAACAAGUGGAAGUGGACAAAGAGGACUCUGUCUGAAACUAGCUCUAGUAAGUCCUUUGAAACAAAAGAGCAGGGGUCUCCAGAGAAGGCCAGAUCGUCAUGCAGCCCCCAGCACCUGAAUGUUCAGCAGCUAGAAGACAUGUACAAUAAGAUGGCCAAGACUCAGUCUCAGCCUAACCUCAACACGAAGGAGUCAGCUCAGCAGGGCAAACACAAGGAAGAACUUGAAAUGGACAGCAUCCCAGGUCCUGUGGUGCCCCUCUUGCCUGCUCGCACAGAAGGGGUGAUUGAUAUGCGCAGCAUGUCCAGCAUCGAUAGCUUCAUCAGCUGUGCGACAGACUUUCCAGAAUCCAGCAGGUUCUCCCACAGCCCACUGGCAUCCCUCUCUAGCAAGACAAGUGGCCCUGGGGCCCAGGAACUCAGCUGGCAGAGCCCUCCAGACUCUGGUGGGAGCAGGUUGUCAGACUCCAACCCAACCCCAGAUGGCAGUCAACGCUCCAGCUUCUUUAUUGAGAGUCCCAAGAGUUCAAUGAAGACAAAUAACCCCUUGAAACUCCGGUCACUGAAAGUCAAUUUCAUGGAGGGGGACCAAGGCUCAUACUUGCCUAUGGGCAGCAUCCUGGGGAUAUAUCCAGAUCCUCUCAGAAACCGGGGUGGGGCCACCAUCCCUGGCCUUGAGAGUGCUAUGCUCCCAGAUCGAUCCUUGCUGAGCCCAGAGUCCUCUGUCUACACCACAGCAAGUGCCAGGACACCCCCCAAAUCCCCUGAGAAACAUGCAGCAAUAGCAUUCAACUUCCACGAUGCCAGUAUCCAUCAGUACAUCGAUGCAGACACUGACGACGAAGGGCAGCUUCUCUACAGCGUGGACUCCAGUCCCCCGAAGAGCCUUCACAGCAACACCAGUCCAAAGUACAGCAUCACCAACAGUGGGUUCCUCAGGCAAAGAGACAGUGUGCACAGGACAGACAAGAACCACCAGGAGCUUUCCCCCUUACCCACCUCGCCCAAGUUUCUAGGGCAGAACUGUGUUUAUUCCAUGGAAGCAUUGACUGGAAAGAACCAGAGAAGUCAAGAAAAGGGCAAACUAGAUAACCACAUAUCCCCGGAGGUCCAUGUGCUGCCAGGGGGUGGAGGGCAGGGAAGCACAAAGGAUUCAAGCAUCUGAAAAGCCCUAGACAGGAGAUCUGU